AUGGAUGCUCCCCCGCCUGUUCCCAAGCUGCGUGGCGACAUCAUCCUGGAGGUCUUUACCCACAAGUCUCUGCGCUUCCCUGGAGCCCCGACUAACGAAGAGUCCGACUGUGGUGACAACGAACGCCUAUCGAUGCUGGGUGAGAAGGUGAUGGACACUGCGGUGACGUUCACCCUCUUCAAUAAGAAACCGUUGAUAAACGCACAGGAGAUCGAGUCCCAGCGCAUGGAGGUCCUCUCGGAGACGAAUCUGAACAAAUGGGUCUCUUACUACAAGCUCAGAGAGAAAGUACGCUGCAGCCCUGAUGCGCUUGCCAGCCUCACAAGCCCAAUAGAAACACGUUUGCUCUUCUGUUCGUAUGUCGGUGCAGUCUAUGUGCAGAAUGGGGUGGAGACGGUGCAGAACUGGAUCGGGCAUCUCAUCGACCCGGAGUACGAAUCGCCCGUUCCAGCUGCCGGCGGCGAGCCAUACACGUACAAGAGAGUCAAAACCGAGCCUAUGAGCUCGCCGACACUGCCUCCUUCCACGGCUCCGUUGCCGCCGUUGCCCAUUGACCCGCUUGCCCCUGCGAAGCGUCAAUCUACGUUUUUGCCGCUGUUCAACCAGACAGCGAACCAGCGCAGGUUGGCUGUUGAAUACCCGGCGCAAUUUUCAGGCCUUGCACAUGCUGGGCGUUGGACGGUUCAGUGUGUUGUGAACGGUAUCCCCAAAGGCGAAGGUUCCGGUGCUAGCAAGCAGCUUGCCAAAGAGGAAGCGGCAAGACAGGCAUACUACGCGAUGGGAUGGGCGCCUCUUGAGUGCCCUCCGAAUCCCGCUCCCGAUGUCCAUGAUACGGGAAGCGGGUCAACGACGGGGAGUGGGAGCGGGAAUGGUGGUGGAUCGAGCGUAGGCAGGACGAGCGAGUCAAGCGCUGGCUCGGGCACAGGUUCAUCAAGCGCCCGUGCGGGCGCUCCCUCCUCGUCCUCGUCUUCCUCUUCCACUGAGGGCUCUGCGCCGCUGCUGAGGGUCGGCGUGGGCCAGGCGGCGGGUUCUGGUGCGGACGCUGGCUCUGGCUCCGGCGAAGACGCGCCCGUUUCUGUAAAUGUAGAUGGCUUGGGCGCAAUGGCCACUGCCGGCAACGUCGCAUCGGUCGAGAUCGCUGCACCCACUUUAAGUUCGACCUCCUCUGGCAGCGCAGCGAAUGCGCCGCGGGUUGCGGUCGAUGCAGGUGCGGACUCUUCCGCCGGGUCGUCUGCUUCCACUAACUCUGGUGGAUCCUCUGGCUCUGGUUCUGGCGGAGACGCGAACGCUGCGCUCACCCCUGUCGGUGCAGACGCGUCUGGUGCGACUGCCACUGUAGGUGACCUCGCGUCCGUCGAUCUUACGGCGCCCACCGCUCCUGCUGCUCCACCCAGCUCAAGCCCUUCUGGCAACGACGCCAACUCGCCCCUCGCAGUCGUCAGCGCAAGCACAUCCGGCGCGUCACCGUCCUCUGAUGGUGUUCCCUCCCCCAGUACGACUGGUUCCGACUCUGGUGCGAAUGCAGCUCUCAUCUCAGGCAUAACCGCCACUGCAGGCAACCUCGCCGCUUUCAUCGCACCUGCUGCCUCCCCCUCCUCUGGCUGUGGAUCUUCUAACGACGCGAAUGCUACGCUGGCAGUAGGCAAUUCGGGUUCUUUCUCCUUCAUGCCCUCUUUCGGCUCUGGCGCAGGUACAGAUUCGCCCAUCUCCAUCGGCGCAGAUGACUCAGGCCUGACUGCCAUUGGAGGCAACCUCGCCGCUUUCACCGCACCUGCUGCCUCCCCCGCCUCUGGCUCCGGCUCCUCUAACAACGCGAAUGCCCCGCUGGCAGACGUCAACGCGGGCUCUUCUUCUUCCAUUCCAUUGUCCGGCUCUUCUGACUCUGGUGCGAACGCAGCGCUCAUCUCCGUCAGCGCAGACAACUCCGCCGUAGCUGCCACUGCAGGUGGCCUCCCUACGUUCACGCCUGCCCCCGCCGACACUUCCUCCUCCUCCACUACCUCCUCAGACUCAUCAGAUCCGCUCAUCGUUGCGAAUAUCGUUCCCGAGCGUGGCUCCAGCUCCAAUUCGGGCUCGAGCUCUGGAUCUGGCUCUGAUUCGGAUGCGCUCAUCCCCGUGGGUGCGGACCCGGGAGGGGUGAUUGCUGUCGUUGACUCCCUUGCCUCUAUUGCGCUAUGA